GGUCACGUGAACACGGAGACAGAAGGGGAGGGGGGACAAACAUGGCCGACGAGGCGGGGGAAGUAAACACAGCUGUUGAGGAUCGUGAAGAAACCCAGCAGAUACAUGAGCCCCAAGUUUCGGAGGCCGCGGCGGACGUCGAGCCCGGCGGCACCGACGGCACCGACGGCCAGGACUGGACCGAGAAGUCGGCCCCGGCGCCGGCCCCGGUUGCAGAGACAAGCUGGUCGGCUCCGAUCCUGUCUCUCGCUCGCAAGGCCACGGAGACGAUUAGCAGCGGGAUGAGCUACGCUGCUGCCCCCAGGAAGCCCUCAGUGGGGUCCUCAGUGGCGAGCUCCCCUACGGAGAGGGACCCCGAAAAUGAUCUGAACAGCACUUCAAAGAUGCUCCCCGCUCUGCCCCCCAAAGACCACAUGGCAAUAGAGAGGUCCAACCUGCUCAGCAUGAUGAAGCUCAGCAUCAAAGUGUUGAUUCAGUCCUCCCUGAGUCUCGGCAGGACGCUGGACUCGGACUACCCUCCCCUGCAGCAGUUCUUUGUCGUCCUGGAGCACUGUCUCAAACACGGGCUUAAAGCCAAGAAAUCCUUCAUCGGUCAGAACAAGUCCAUAUGGGGACCUCUGGAGCUGGUUGAGAAGUUGUGUCCAGAGUCUGUCAACAUUGCCACAAGUGCCAGAGACCUUCCCGGCAUUAAGACCGGUUUGGGGAGAGGACGGGCUUGGUUGCAUUUGGCGCUCAUGCAGAAGAAAGUGGCCGACUACUUGAAGGCCCUGCUGGACCAGAAGGACCUCCUGAGUGAGUUUUAUGACUCUGGAGCCUUGAUGAUGGAGGAGGAGGGCGCGGUGAUCGGGGGUCUUCUGGUGGGCCUCAAUGUUAUUGACGCUAAUCUCUGCAUUAAAGGGGAGGAUAUGGAUUCUCAGGUGGGAGUUAUUGACUUCUCCCUUUAUCUGAAAGACCCUGCCAACAGCGAGACUCAGAAAGAUGAUUCCAAGAUGACAGCCAUAUUGGAUCAGAAGCACUACAUCGAGGAGUUGAACCGUCACCUCAGUGGCACCGUCACUGACCUCCAGGCCAAGAUGGACUCUUUGGAGAAGACCAACAGCAAACUGGUAGAAGAGCUGACAGCAGCUACGGACAGAAUCAACUCUCUGCGAGAGGAACACGAACAGCUGAGGAAGGAGAAUGAGUCCAUCGUGCAGUGCAGCCAGAAGAAGGAAGAGGCAGCCCUUCAGGACAGCCAGGUGGAGCUGGAGACGUACAAACAGACCCGACAAGGCCUGGAUGAGAUGUACAGUGUGGUGUGGAAGCAGUACAAGGAGGAGAAGCGCAUCCGCCAGGAGCUGGAGCACGAGCUGGAGCUCCAGGUGGGGCUGAAGCAGGAGAUGGAGGUGGCCAUGAAGCUGCUGGAGAAGGACACGCACGAGAAGCAGGACGCGCUGGCAGCGCUGCGGGUCCAGCUCGACCAAGUCAAGGCUCUGAACCUUCAAAUGUUCCACAAAGCUCAGGACUCGGAACGACAGGCAGAGAAAAAGCAGGCGGAGGCUUUGCAGCUCGAACAGAAGAUGAACGACAUGGAGCAGGCCAUGCUGGAGAUAGAGCAGAGACUACAGAACACGGAGAAGGAGCGGAAGCUGAGCGACCAGUCGGACAAGGACAUGAAGCUGGAGCUGGAAGGAAAAGUGGACGCUUUGCAGAAACAACUGACGGACCUGGACACAACGAGGCUGGGUUUGGAGAACGAGCUGCGCACUGAGAGGGAGCAGAGGCAAAGCUUGCAGAAAGCCCUGCAACGGGAACAGGACAACAGCGCCGAGCUCCGCACGCAGCUGCAGCAGCUGCAGGGCCUGCACUCGGAGCUGCAGGACUUGAAGCUGGAGAAGCAGCAGCUGCAGCAGACGUGCGAGCAGCAGGAGCAGGCUCUUCAGGAGAUGGGACUGCAUCUUAGCCAGUCUAAACUGAAGAUGGAGGACUUCAAGGAGGUCAACAAGGCCCUGAAGGGCCACGCCUGGCUGAAAGACGACGAAGCCACCAACUGCAAGCAGUGCCAGAAGGAGUUCUCCAUCGCACGUAGAAAGCACCACUGCAGAAACUGCGGCGACAUCUACUGCAACAACUGCUCUAGCAACGAGCUGGCCCUGCCCUCCUACCCUCGGCCCGUCAGAGUGUGCGACAUGUGCCACUCCCUCCUGCUGCAGAGAAGCUCGUCCACGGCCUCCUGACAGAAAAGCCCGCCGCGUUUCUACGGACGCUUUCUAACACUGCAUAUACUCACUCACUAUGAUUUGUUCCAGGAAGAGAGAAAAAAAAAAACAAAACAAAAAAUGUCAUCGGAUCAUAGGAAAAUGUGAUUCGGUGCUCACAUUGCCUGAGUUACCUGAAAUUCAGGUACGUCUUUACUGAACAUCGGCACAUUUUUAAACACCUGAGAUGAGCUAAUUUAAUUUAUGCACACUUCAUGAUGAGGAGACUUUGCUUAGAGAUGAAACGUAUGUUUUGAAUAUAUUAAAUAUUUCCUUAAAUUUGAAUGAGUUUAACUAUUUGGUAUGCAAACUGACCUUUUUAAAUGUGUAGUUUUUCUAAUUCAAACCAUGAUUGUAGAUUAUGUUGAGGACCCAUCAAAGGUUACUGUUAUCACGCAGCUUUUCUUUUUUAAACGGCUGUUUAACAUGCAAAAAUCACGUAAAUGAUGGUAGAAUGUAUUCUAACUGGGGUUUCUGGAUCAUGUCAACUGCUGCGAAGCCAUUUUCUUCAUUUGGGAAUGGUGACCAAAAAGUUUUUUUUUUUUUCUAACCUCAAUAUUUGAUAAAAUGAAUAAAGUCUCCAGUUUUUCCAACGCUUGUUUCAAUUAGAUAUUCCAGACUAGUUUUAUUCACUUUGUGCACAGGAAAUACAAAUAGCAUUCGAAGCAGUAGAAACCUUCAUGGUAGCGGAUUUGAAAUUCACUUGCUCUUGAUACAGCCCUCAUUCAGAAAAAAAAAAAAAAAAAAACAACUUCAACAUUCGCACUUUUAGAAAACAAAAACAUGCUCCGACCAGAUUAAUAUUUUAACAAAAAGAAUUCUUUAAAAAAAACGCUGUACACAAACAGAGGAGGUGAAACGAGGAAAUCGGACAACUUUUUUUUUUUUUUUGUUCAUGCACUCAGACGCUGAAAUGUAAAAGCCACCAGAACAGCAUGAGUUAACCUUGAGGAAAAAAAAAAUAAAAAUAACCAGGUGUCUGAAGAACGUUAACACACAAACAGAAUGCAUCCGGGUGGUGAAAAUUUAAAGCACGUUUUCUGACGAUCUGAGAGGAAUGGGGAAGACAAAACAGCACUUCUGACACACGCUCGUUGUGACGACAGAUGUUCUCGCAUCUCUGUGAAGAUUUAAAAAAAAUACAAACCCUACCCCUCGGUAAUUUUCAAAACAACCUCACCUGACCCUAUUCUAUGUUUACUAGGUGAGACUUACAUUUCCAGUCCUUUCAGAAAAAUGCUUAGUUAAAAAACAUCAAAUUAAGGGAGAAAAAAAAGA